AUGAGUAGUAAUAACAAAAGCGGUGUUUUAUCUCGUGUGUUUGGUGGUUCAUCAAAAGGUGGUGCUAAAAUGAAAACAGCACAAACUCCACAAGAAGCAAUACAACAGUUACGUGAUGUCGAAGAUGUUCUUAAUAAAAAAGUUGAACAUUUAGAAGCCAAAAUUAAUGAAGAAACAGGAAUUGCCCGUCGUGAUGCAAGAACAAAUAAACGUAAUGCAUUAAAUGCUUUGAAAAGAAAAAAACGUUUAGAAAAAACUUUACAACAAAUUGAUGGAACAUUAACAACACUUGAAUAUCAACGUGAAGCUUUACAAAAUGCAGCUAUGAAUGGUCAAGCAUUUUCUGCACUUCAAGGUGCAACAAGUGCAUUAAAAAAUGUUCAUAAAGAACUUGAUGUUGAUAGUGUUCAAGAUAUAAUGGAUGAAUUAGCUGAACAACAUGACUUAUCUAGUGAAAUUGCUAAUGCUAUUUCAAGCCCUGUUGGUUUUGGUGCUGAAAUAGAUGAACGUGAACUCGAAGAAGAAUUAGCACAAUUAGAGCAAGAAGCACUUCGAGAUGACUUACGCCGAGUUGAAUUACCAUCAGUUCCGGCUCAUCCUAUUCCAACAUAUAGUCAACCAGCAAGUGUACCAUCGAACAAAGCAAAGAAUGAUCAAUUGGCUGAAUUAGAAAGAUGGGCAUCAUAA